GUGUCUGUUUUCCAGUUAGUCCUGUUGGCUUGUUAGCAUGUAGCUCGGGGAGCGGCUGAAUGUCCCGGGCAUUCCUCGCUUCUGAGAGCCGUUUGGGGGGGAGAUGCCGCAGGUCGGGCCGGAGGCGGAGCUCCGCACUCUGACGGAGUGUGGGUACCUCCAUCCAGCAGAGACCCUGUCAGACCUUCACACAGUUCAGUCUCUGUUCUCUGAUCUUCGUCUCUACGUCGAUUUUUACUGUUUCCCGAACAAAGAAAAGAAGAAGUUGGUGUUUCUGUCCGGGACGCUUCCUGUUCAGUAUGAAGGAAGUGAGUAUAAUAUCCCAGUAUGCAUCUGGCUCCAUGAGACUCAUCCAGCGUCACGGCCUCGAUGUUACGUCUGUCCAUCUGUCUCCAUGGUGAUAAACCCAGCCUGUCCGUGUGUGGACGCUGUUGGGAACAUAAGACUGGACACACUCACAAACUGGACACAGGGCGUGUCCAACCUGUCACUGCUUAUGUCAGAGAUGAGGGGGGCCUUCCAAAAGCAUACACCCCUUUAUACCAAGUGCCCUGUGCAAGUUCCGCCCCCAGUGUCAGUGUCAGCUGAAAGCAGCCAGAGUCAUCUGCACUCCUGCACCUCCUCACAGAGCAGCCAUCUCUCUGAAGUCACCUGCCUAAGCCCCAUGCCCUCUGUUGCAGCCAGUCAAUGUGAGCAAAGCAGGGAGGUGAGGGCAGUAAGGUCGUACACUGAUGAACUGCUGGGGAUUGACUUUAGUGCUCCGCCUCCCACCUCCAGCAACCACACCAACCCCUUCCUACACUCCUCCUCAGGUACAGUCCCCCUCAGCAGGAUGAUGGGGGUGCUGAGUCUAGAUGGAGACUCACUUGCCUCACCUGUACGAACUGUCGUGUCAGAAGCAGCCAGAAACAUCACACGUGUGGGACCAGCACCUGGGCCAUCACCAGUCCCAGCAUCUGGCCUACAAUGUCCCCAGAGAUCUCAGUCAGAAGCAGACCGGGUGAGCCGAACUCGGGGUUCUCGGCAGCGCCUUGAGUCCAUCUCUCAGAUGGCUGCAAGGCUCCCUCCGGACCAGGCAACAGUCUUCCUGUCUCUAAUGACGAUGGAGGGGCGGAACUUCAGUUCGGCUGAUGUCUUGGAGGCGGUCCAGAUCAACAGAGACUUCCCAUCAGCCCUCAAGUUCCUGAGUCACAACUGCCCCAUCUGUCAGGAGCAGGUGUCUUUUAGCAAGAUCAUCACGAUGACACACUGUUCCUGCUUCCUGUGUCAGACAUGCUUCAAGACGUUCUUCAUGACGGCCAUUAAGGAGCGUAGUGUUGAUCAGCUAGUCUGUCCUCAGUGUGGCCGACCGGAGGUCAGAGGUCAGGGGGGGCUGGAAGAGUCCAUGGACUACUUCAACCUGCUGGACACACAGAUCCGUCACUUCCUUCCAGCUGACAUCCAUGAACUGUUCCAGAGGAAACUCAGAGACCGAGCUCUGCAAGAGAUGCCCAACUUCUGCUGGUGUGCCCACUGCUCAUUCGGGAUGCUGCAUGAGGCCCAGCGACUCAGGAUGGACUGUCCAAGCUGUAAGAAGAGCACCUGUUCUCAGUGCAGAUCACCUUGGUCCCCCCAGCAUCAGGGUCUGUCCUGUGAGCAGUUCAGAGUGUGGCAGCAGGAGAACCAGCCAAACCUCCACACCGCCGCCCUGCUCUACAACAGCAUCGAGUGUCCAAACUGCCAGCUGGUCUUCAGCCUGUCCAAAGGAGGGUGUCUUCACUUCACCUGCAGUCAGUGUGGUUAUCAGUUCUGUGGUGGCUGUAGUCAGCGGUUUGCUAUGGGCUCUGCCUGUGGCUUCUCUGCAGAAUGUGCAACCAAAGGUCUUCAUGCUCACCACCCCAGAGACUGCCUGUAUUACCUCAGGGACUGGAACAUGACCCGCCUCCACCUGCUGCUCCAUCAUUACAGAGUGUCUCCCUCCUGGUUGGAACCGGCCAAAAGUGGCUCACCUGACACCACUCUGCCAGCAUCCUGCCCUGUGUUGGAGCUGAGAGAUGACAGCAGCCGGAGGGAGGAGCCCUGCGGUCGACCUGCAUUACCUGAACACCGAGGAUACUGCCAGUCACACUAUAAGGAGCGUCUGGUGGAGCUGAUCAACCGUUGCCGUGCCGAUCCAGCGGUCCUCUUCAGUCUGGCAGAAAUAAAGGUGGAGCUUCAGCGUUGGCAUAUUACCAUGCCAACCAGGAAUCCCAAUGAGCCGGAGCCACUGUUCACACAUCGCCUUCGCCUGACGCUGACCAAUAGCGUGCCUCUCAGGAAACAACGCAACUCCCCGGUUAAACGCAUUAACGACCUCUCCCCUCUGCCCAUAUCUGUGCCUGCUGGAGCCCCACCCCCUCACCUGCUGCUAAGUGAAUGACUCCACCCACUCCAAAGAUUCUUAUUUAAAGUGCGACUGCUGAUCACACCCCCAUCAGCUGCUAUGAUAUCACAGGGCAGGUCUAUCCUGCUUCAGCUGGACCUUCUGAUUGGCUCACUGGUUGCUGUGGAAACCUAGCAGCAUAAAUAGACUAAUAAGGGACCAAAUAUGAGCAGCCAAUCAAAUCACAACUUUAACAAGCUAAUGAUGCUAACUAGCCACCUGUCAGUUUUAAUGUUAUCGACAGCUAGCAUCUGUUAACAGUAGCUAACAACUGUUAGCAUGUGUUAUUGAGAGCUAGCAUCUAUUAGCCGGUGUUUGCAUGUGUUACUGAGAGCUAGGAUCUGUUAACAGUAACUAACAACUGUUAGCAUGUGUUACUGAGAGCUAGCAUCUGUUAGCGGAUGUUAGCGUGCGUUCAGCAGGUUCUGGGAGGCGGAGUUUGUGAAAUUCUUGUUUGUUGCAGUUUACCUGUUGAACCAAGUUUUAUGAAUAAAUUAUAUCCUAACACAC